CACGCACACUUUCCCUGCGUGGCUGAUGCCGUGAUGAAGACAAGGGUUAUCGUGGACAGUGUGUGUUAUUAAAGCCGCGGUCACACGAGAGAGGUACACCACUACAGGUGGACAGGUGCACUCGGCGACUCAACACGACCAGGAACUCUUGGCUCGGGCUGACUCCUUCAUCAACCGAAAUAUUGUGAAAAAUAAGGAUAGAAAGGAAGAAAGGGGGAAGAGCAAUCAGUGUGUGGAGGUUGCCGAGUGAAGUCAGGAACCCUUUAUCAUUCAGCAUUCGGCGGUGGUGUAAAGGUUGGACCAGCCGCUCCGAGAAGGGCGCCAACAUGCCCCGCGGCGCGCACUCCCCUCGGAAAACUCAAAGCCUCUAUAUCAGCGGCGUUGGUGGAGGCGUCGGCGGCGGAGUGCGCACCGCUUCCCCCGACCUGGUGCUUUCCUCAGCUGCCUCGGCCUCAGAGAUCCCGCCCACCUCUGCCCCGCCCACGCCUCGGGAACGGCACGGACACUGCGGGGGCAUGGGUGCAGGAGUAGGCCGGCCCCAUAGCCUGGCAGGGGACAGCACCACCACGCACGCCGCCGCUUACCUCUACUCCUGCAACCCGCCCUACGCCAGGUACUAUGCUAACACUCCUCCUCCGUGUGUGGGCGUGUUCUCGUGCAAGAUGAAGGAAGGGGAGCGGUCGCCGUCGCCUGUGGGCGCGACGGGGCGGCGGGCAAGCUCCACCACCGAUGAGCUAUUCCACUCGCCUCGUCAUGCCGAGGUGGCUCUGCGCCGCAUGGAAGCAUAUUACGCGCGGGGCCAGCUGUGUGACGUCACCCUGGUGGCCGGCAGCCGCAGGAUCAAGGCACAUCGCUUGGUGCUGAGUGCUGCCAGUGACUACUUUGCUGCCAUGUUCACUUCCCCAGUCCUGGAAGCCACACAGGAGGAGGUCGCCCUCAGGGACAUGGACUCGGAUGCCCUCCUCACCCUCAUCAACUACUGCUACACUGGCACUCUGGAACUCCAUGAGGACACAGUGGAAGUGGUAUUGUCCACAGCGCACCACCUGCUGCUAACUGAGGUGGUGGAGGUGUGCUGCGAUUUCCUCACCAAACAGUUGCAUCCAGCUAAUUGUCUCGGCAUCCAGCUGUUUGCAGAUACUCAAGGCUGCUCUGAGCUACACCGGCUGGCUUCAAAGUACACUGCGGAGCACUUCCAGGAGGUGAUGCAACACCAGGAGUUUGUGCAGCUUCCACCGGAGGAGGCCGCCCACCUGCUGGCCUCGGAGGACCUCAAUGUGCCUUCUGAGGAGCUCAUCUUCCAGGCUCUGGUGGUGUGGCUCAAGUACGACCUGGAGGAACGCACCAAGAACAUGGCAGACCUCCUCAGCUUGGUCAAGCUGCCCCUUCUCUCUCCUCAGUUCCUCACAGACCACAUCGAGACCAAUGUGCUUUUUAAGGAGAACCGGGAAUGCCAGGAGCUCAUUCUGGAAGCCCUCAAGUAUCACCUGCUGCCAGAGCGCCGGUCAGCCCUGCAGUCUCCACGCACCAAGCCCCGCAAGUCCACCGUAGGGGACAUGUAUGUGGUGGGCGGCAUGGACUCCAAUAAGGGUGGGUGGAGAGGAAGUAUUGCUGCAGGUUCAACAGGCAUUGAGAGGUACGACCUGCGGACCAACAGCUGGACCAGCGUGGGCACCAUGACUGGCCGCCGCCUCCAGUUUGGCGUAGCAGUGCUGGAUAGCAAGCUGCACGUGGUGGGCGGCAGGGACGGACUCAAGACUCUCAAUACAGUGGAGGCUUAUGACCCGGCCACCAACACCUGGACUCAGCUGCCUCCCAUGUCCACCCACAGACACGGCCUGGGAGUGGGUGUGCUGGAAGGGCCUCUUUAUGCAGUGGGGGGUCACGAUGGCUGGAGUUACCUCAACACAGUGGAGCGUUGGGACCCACAAGCCCGCCAGUGGAGCUAUGUGGCCCCCAUGUCCACCUCAAGAUCCACUGUGGGUGUAGCUGUCCUGAACAACAGGCUGUACGCGGUGGGAGGGCGUGAUGGCUCUUCCUGCCUGCGCACAGUGGAGUGCUAUGACCCUCACACUAAUAAAUGGACCCCCUGUGCCCCCAUGGCCCGGCGGAGAGGUGGGGUAGCUGUUGGAGUGGUGAAUGGUUUCCUGUACGCUGUGGGGGGACAUGAUGCCCCUGCCUCCAACCCUUGUGCUUCCAGAUUUGAUUGUGUGGAGAGGUAUGACCCAGCUACAGACACAUGGACACAGGUGGCUUGUCUCAGUGUGGGCUGUGAUAGUGCUGGGGUGAGUCUGUUGGGCGAUCGGCUUUUCUGUGUGGGCGGGUAUGAUGGGCAGACCUACCUCAACCUGGUGCAUGCGUAUGACCCGCAGACCAAUGAGUGGACACAGAUGGCGCCUCUCAUCAAUGGCCGGGCAGGAGCAUGUGUUGUGGUGGUCAAGAAGGAACACUGACACAGGCUCUACUAAACCAGGUCAUGGGUCAUCCAGGUCAUUGGCUGCCACAUAACUGGUAUGCCAAUAGAAUGUGGUUGAAACUUCCCAUGUUGUGUUGCUUUGGGUUGCCAGGUUCUUUCAAUUUGGGUGGUAAAGGUGUCAGCCAGUGCCUAGAUGUGGGAGGACUGGUGGCACAGUGAGGGAAACCGAUGGUGCUCGGAAUAGAGUUAACAUUUAGCAAUAAUGUCGUGUGAAUCUCCGAGGACUUGAGGGCUGUGCAUAAUGAGCUUUUAUGAUUAGUGAAUAACGUAAGCCAGUGGCACAAAAAGAGUGUGUGGGGAGUCUGAGGAAAACAGCCAAGAGUACUUUGAGUGGGAAGGGCAUAAUUCAAUAACUGUUGUCCUGUGCUUGUAGGACAUGGGAAUGAUGAAGCUCAAGUUUAGAAAAUCCAUUUUGAAGCCUUAAUGUUAACAUUUUGUGACCUGUUACUCAUUUGUUGAGUUUUGUGACCUGGAUGAUGUGUGUGACCAAGAUCAACCUCAGGUCAUACCCUCUUUCCUCCUGUGAUAAACACUGCUUUGAUGUUUGAUGAAAUUUUGAUAUUACUAUUCUGAUUAGGUGAAGAAAUGACUAACUGGGUGGACAGGUUGCACCUUGAUACAAGAUAUUUCCUGAGGAUUCUAGUAAAAGUAAGUGUUUGAUAUCCACUCCCAAACUUGAUGAACUCUUGCCUACCACAACAGAAACUUUUUGGUGAUAACAGCUGAUAGUGAAGGAUGCUACAGCUUUAAUGCUAACUCUUGUGAUAACAAACCCUCCUCCUGUUUCUUGGUGUUACUGUAAGGUGUGUAUCUAAUGUUUUGUUAAAGAUGUAAAUGCAAAAUGUUCAAAGGAUGUAUGAAGUGAGUGAGUUUAUAGUGAGAGAGGACUGUCAUUGACUUUGUACCAGCUCAGUGUAUUUAGAUCUGUUGAGUUUUGCUGCAAAGAUGUUUCUGCUUUCCAGGCAUAUUAGAUUAAUUUGUCUGUGUUUAUUUCUUUUCUUGUAACACAUGAGUAAUGUUAGUCACUGCAGAGUGCACCAAAUUAUAUAAAAUUAAAAGAAAAAUUGAGAAGUUUAUGCAAAUUUAAUAGUUGCUCAGUGUUACUCUGCAGAUAUUUGACUCCCACAGCAAAACUGGCUUUUAUGUUUAAUGAAAUAGUAAUUAUUUAGUGAGUUGUGCCAGACAUUAGUCUCAGAUCAGUGGUGUGUGAAGCAACACACUGCUGUGAACAGACCAUUGUUGAGGCAUGGCAGCCUUAUGGUAUAUCUAUGGUAUUAUGGUAAAAAACAACUUCUGUGACUAAAAGAUUGCAAAAAAUAUUUGUCCUUAACUCUAAUUAAUGAUGAAUUUUGUGAAUCAUUCUUUCAUAGAACAGUAUUUAAGUCUCAGAAUACUGACCUCAAGAGUUUCAUGAAUUAUUGCAAUGACAUUCCUCUUGUGCUGUUACUGCCACUUCUCUCCACUAGUGACAAUCUUACACUCCAGGGAACACUUGAUAUUGUGCUGGUGAUGACCCUCCACACCCUUCACACCCACCACACCCGUAUCCUCCCUUACAUUAAUAUAGAGGAAAACAAUAAGUGUGGUCUUUAAGUUUUCUUGUUCUGAGAAAAAAAAAAUGCAUAUGUCCCAGAUGAUUGUAUAUAAGUAAUUCUAAGUUACAGGAAAUUAUUUACGCAUACAAAUGCAAGUAGGUUUUACAUGCUUAUUUGGAAGCAAAUAAGAGUUAAACCUUAAGUGAAAAAGGAAUUGAUCUCAUAGUAUGUUUGGUGGAUUAUAAGCUUGUAGAUGAAGGCUGAAGCUGUGUAGUUUUGAGCAACUAAAGUAGGUUGUUGUUAGUAUUCUUGUCCUCCUGGGCCAGGCCGACCAAACCCCACCACUAGUAGUGAGAUGCUGCACUGAAGUGGCUGCCAAUGUAGCUAGAUAGUUGUCACAUCCUUCUGUGGGUACAUUUGUUUUAUCACAUCAACAGACUUGUUGUGAACAUUUAACACAGGAUUUUGUAAGGUUUUGCACUUUGAAUAGGUAGUGAGACAGUAGAUUAGACCUGAUGCCUUAGUAGUGAGGUGCUGUUUCAAGGAUUUGUGUAGUGAUUAAAAGUAAGUUGUAAAGUGGCUGUGGAUCAACUUUGGUGAUUAUGGCAAUAAUUUCUAAAUUUUUUGUAUGCUUGAGUGUGAUUACAAUAAUAGUGUCUGUUUUGAAAAGAAAAAUUUGCAGUUGGUAUGUACAGUAGAGUUACUAUUGAUAGUAAAACAUUUUACUCAAAGAAGGCAAUGAUGAAUUGAAUGUUACAUACUAUAACCAAAAUAAUUAUUAUUCCUUAAAUAGAAAUUAUUCCCCAAAGCAUUGUAGUAUUAAAAGUUAUGCAUAAUUGUUUUCACCAUUUUGAAAUUUCAGUGAAUCAAUUAUACAUGUUGACUGGUCUGUGUGAUGCUGGAACACCAUAGGUUUUAUGCGCAUUCCCUAUCCAUCUUCUCUGUGUUGUGUGUGAGAGAGAGAGAGGGAGAGAGAGAGAGAGAGAGAGAGAGAGAGAGAGAGAGAGAGAGAGAGAGAGAGAGAGAGUGAAGGGAAAAUUCUUUAGUAAAUAUACACUAAACCAAAUAUUUUUCAUAUUCAGCUACCAUACAUUCGUAAAGGAAGAAAGUAUUAAGUAUGUUAUUCCUGGACCUAUGCUAAACUCAGCACAUGUGGUUCUGUUGAUAGACCAAAUUUCACUUGAAAGUUAAAUUUAUGCAGAGUAAUACCAAGCUGUGUAGCUCCCACCAAAGAGAAGUGUCAGUGCAGCACCACACAUCCAGCACAGCCUGACAGAGUGUCACUGGUACCACUAUGCUGUUUGGAUCUGUUGUUGUUUUAAGGUGCUCAUUAUGUUGUAUUGGUUAUGGCACCAGUAUGAAAACACAUUUGGUUUCAGUGUCCAGUUCCAGAAAAUAAUGGAAGAGAGUGUGGUGACUGUCUUGUUAAGAUAUUUUGAUAAUUGGUGUGGAAUAUGUGAAUGAUUUUUGUACGUUGUGAAAUGAGAAAUUUGUCUACAUCUACAGUUUAUUGCCAAUGAAAUUUUUAUAUAAAGCUCCUUUCUAAAGUUCCAUUCUAAAAAAUGCAAUAAUAUAUAAAGUACAACUGUUUGAAAUUAAGAAUAAAAUAUCAAUGAAAUUCUAUUUACAAGAUAGCAUCGCUAAAUAUUUCAAAAUUGUUAUUAAUUUGAUUUCUUUGAUACUUUUCCAAUUUCCCUCAUUCAUGCACACAAAGUUGUGUCUUUGUGAUGUUCUCACAGUCAGAUCUUUGUGUCAGUUAUCUGUAUACUAGGCUGACAUCCCUAUUCCUGGGGAUCAACUGCAAGAUGUCUACAUAUGCACAUUCACAUCAAAGAACAUUCCCUCACAUCUUCCGUUGGCUCCAAGCCUCUUGGACAGAGACGACCAAUCCUCAGUGCACCACUAUGCACAUAGAUUAUGUUUUCUAGAUGUAUGAAUGGAAUUUCUGUUAGCUACUAAGAUAUUGUCUGCGCAAAGCAGGAUGUUGUUAGUACGGCCUGAUUGACCACUUAAUGCCUAAUUUCUGGAGAAAGGUGAGGUGAUUCUGUUUCGUAAGAUAACAAGUGUGUUAAAGUACAUAUUGUUGGUGUACAAAGUGUUUUCUAUUGGAGUAUGCAUAGUUUAUUGUUUUUUGCUCCUUCAAAAUUUUAUAAUAUAUAGGAAUAAUGACAUUAUUUUGAGGAAGUGCUGCAAAGUUUGUCCCAAAAAUUAAUGCCAUGCACCUUUGUCCAGGUAGAUAAGCCCACAAGAUUUAAGUAAGUCACAUACGCAUGAGUUUACGUGCAUUUUGCUCACUCUGUGACUCCCAGAUCGUCCUCAACAGUAGCAGACAAAAAUUGCCAUUUUGCUAUUUUGUUUGUAAUAAUUUACAGAUAUUGCAGCACCAAGGAUGACAUGUUAACUUCUAAUAAUUGUUCUUUUGUACUGACAUCAGCUGUCCACUUUAGAAUAUGAAACCAAAUUGUGAACCUUGAAUUGGUAAUUAAGGAAUCUUUUUUGUUUACUAAGGAAACCUGCCUUGUCACUGAACAUGUAAUACCUUAUUAUGGAACUCUUUUCUUUGUGUGACAUGUAUUAAUCUUUCCAUAACAGUUAUUGAAAAGCUUUGUAUUUAUCCCAGAGAUUGCAGAGGCCUCACAUGGAAGACUUGCAUAGUUAACUUGUUAGAGUUAGGUGCAGAAGCUGUGAAUGGUGGUGCAUGGGCAUUUGGAGAUGGAUUACUGUGUUAAAUGUUGGUAGUUGUAUGAAGUCAGUUCCAAAACAUUCCCUGGCUUCCAAUAUUUAGUUAAGAUGACUGAUAAGGCAAUGUCAUUGUGAACAAAGUACUAAUUGUGUAUGUGUUGAGAGAAUGGAUUAUCAUGUUUGUAAUAACUAUUUAGUCAUUACCACAUUUUAAGUCCAGAGAUGUGGGACAAAAUGGAAACAUAGGAGUAGUAGUAGUAGUAAUUGUAGUGCUGUAGCUUUAAGAAGUUUCUGGCAUAUGUAUAUUUUCAUUCACAACCAUUGACGCAUUUGUUUGAGCAACAGGCAGAAGUACAGAGUCGACCAGAGAGUGUGUAUGAGAUCUGGGUUGAUGUGAUGCAAUAGUGACAACGUAGCUCUGUGGCCUUGAUAUAUAGAUUAAGGAGAGCCAAUGCCACUGCCACAGCCACCACCACUAAACCCAGCCUCCGGCUACCAUCACUCUUCCACCAUCAUUCUCCCCAUUGCCCUCACUCCUCAAUACAACUUUAGUCUCCACACAGAGUUAAAUCUUUUAUGCAUCAUUAGUAUCAUCAUUCCGUUUAAUGUUCUUAUAUUCCUUAUAGGAUUGGAUGGGUUUUGAGACUUUAAAUAAUUUUAAAAUUAUAUUCCUGUAUAUUUUUAAAGGCUUAUUUUUAAUGUAAGAUGUAGCAUACAAAAAGCAGCAAAGUAUCACAUUAAUGGAAGAAACUUCUUAUUCAUCUAUAUAUAUCAGGCAAAUUCUAGGUUUCCAAGUAUUUGACAUUUUGGUUCAUGAAAUUUGAAAAAGCAUUUUAUUGUAUGUUUACUGGUGUUGUGCAACUCAAACUUUUGUCCUCACCAACCAGUUUAUGAGUCUCACUGUUUGCACUUCUGUAGCUGCCCCAUGACUAAACUGUCCACAUGCCAAAGUGUGGCAUUGGUGAUAGCGAGCUGCUGAGGCCUGGGUGUGGUGGUGGUGGCCUCUCCCUGGUGAAACAGAGCUCUGUACUGAUGCCAGCAUGUGAAUAAUUGUGAUGAUUGUAAGAUAGUAAAAUAAGUUGUAUCUGGAAUUUUUAACAAAGUUAAUUUUUCAGAUAUUUUGUAGAAUGUUAAGAUUUAAGUGAUGCAUUGCACAGUUCUUUUCCUUAUUAUACUCUGUAUACUGCAGGCAGCUGCAUUUGUUAUAUACUAUUACAUUCUAAUGAUAGUCUAGAGUCCCAUCUAAUGCAAGGGAGCAUUUUUUGUAAAAUCAAAACAUGCAUUGGAAGGGACACAGCUGGUAAUUACAAAUACAAACACUUGCACAUUCCAUGACUUAGGUUUGCCUCAAGCAUCAGCACACAACUGAGGGAUUAUCUACUUUUCUAAAUUAAUCUUCCUCAUGUUUAUUUCCUCACUUGCCUCAUCAGGUUGUCAGGACUACUGAAUUAUUCUUAACGUGUAAUUCGAGGAAUACAAAGUUUAAUAGGUAGACAAAAAGAUUUUUUUUUGACAGUUCAUGUAUAUUUUUUGUAUAGGAUAAAAGUGCAUGUUGCAAUAUGGCAGCUGUAAUGGCAACCUGUGGUGUUGGAAGAAAAAAAUAUGUAAGAAGGAAGGAUUUCCUUUCCCUUUUCAGCGUAAUGGUUUGUACAGCAAGGGCUAUCUGUAAUUCACUUGGUAAUGCUGGUCGAGACAGAAGAAAGUAAUGAUUUUGCUAAGUAGGAUCAUUCAGUGCUGUGAAUGUUGAGAGGGAACACAUGGAACCAAAAUUUUGGUCAUACACUGAUAGUGAAAAUGCAGGAAAUAAAAGCAAGAAAAUAA